GAAACAUUAGUAAAACCCUUUGGAAUUUUAUUUCUUUGUUGCACUUUCUGUCAUUCCAUUAUACUGUCCUCCAUCCAUUGUCCUCUGCUUCUUACUCACUCUCUCUCUUCUUUGAAUCCAAAGAGUUUCCAAUGCUUUGAACAGAUUGGUGGCUACAGUGUUAACUCAACAAAGAAGAGAACAAAAAAGGGUUAGUUUUGUAGAGUAAUGAGAGAGUGAUAAGGCACAAACACAACACAACACAUGGAAGAAGCAGAAAAAGAGUUAGAGAGAAGGAGCAAGUUUCUAAACAGUUUGAUACAGAACAAGAAAAAAUCCAUAAAACAACCACAACAACAAGAACAAGAGAAAGAACAAGAGCAAGAACAGCAUGAUAAUAAUAUUAAACUCAACAACAUUCAUGUCAGAGCUUGUGACAUGUCUCUUGCUUUGCAGAAACAUGCUUUCCAAUGUGCACGUGACCAUCUUGAUUCUAUGCCAUCUAAGAAGGUUGACAGUAAACACUUGGCACUGGUCCUUAAGAAGGAAUUUGAUUCUUCUUAUGGACCAGCUUGGCACUGCAUUGUGGGCACUAGUUUUGGUUCCUAUGUUACACACUCUCUUGGUGGUUUUUUGUACUUUUCCAUUGAUAAGGUUCAUGUCCUUCUCUUCAAGACAGUUGUUGCACCACUGGAUCAUUGAUAACUUCCACAACUAUAAGUUAUGGCUUCUUGGAGAAAUUAAUUUCAAAACUUUAAACCAUCUGAUAUGUAGAAAUUGCAACAUUUAAAUCAUCUAGCUUAUAUUUUGUGAUGUAUUUGAUGCACUUAAAUUUGGUUUGUUUUUUUUUUUUUGUCUGUGGGAGAGCAUUUAAAAACACUUUAAAUGCAAAGUUUAUUGAGGCAAAUCACAUGAUAUACAUUCAUUCAUAUUGUUCAGCUUAGCACCAAUUGGUUGUGUGACUUCAAUGAUUAAUGAGUUUGAUCUUA